AUGGCAAUCUCCAAUGAUUCAAAGACAAACGGGGUUAACCCAAGCCUGACUGCAAACCACCCAGUAUGGAAACGAUGGGUUCGCUUUAGAGGCAAAGAUGGUCAAGUGUAUGGCGGCGAACCUGUGAACGAGCACAUUGAUGUGGGCCAGGCAUUGGCGAAGAGCUCUGAAGUGGCUGUCAAAAUCGUCGCCGGUGCCUCCGCAUUAGAUUAUGACGCUCACUUCACUGGUGAAAUCAAGGUCAUUGACCAGCUUCUUUCUCCAGUGUCACAGAAAGAAGCUGGGACUGUUCGCUGCGUCGGCCUCAAUUACAAGGAGCAUGCGGCUGAGAUGAACAUGACGCUUCCUAAAACACCAACCGUUUUUCUGAAGGCGGAGACCUGCAUUGCUUCUGCAGCCGAUCCAAUCAGUUUGCCUCCCAAUGUGACGUAUGAUGAAGCGGACUAUGAGGUUGAGCUAGCUGUGGUUAUUGGCAGAGAAUGCAAGAAUGUCUUAGUGUCAGAAGCGUCGAACUACAUCCUGGGAUAUUCCGUCGCAAAUGAUGUGACUGCCCGCAAACAUCAGGAUCAGACUUCGCAAUGGUCUUAUGCAAAGGGCAUGGAUGGCUUCUGCCCACUUGGUCCAUGUAUUGUUUCCACGGAGCAAAUCCCUGAUGCUGCCAUUUUGAAUUUGAAGACCUUUCUUGAUGGAAAGAUUAUGCAAAAUGGAUCUGUUGACGACAUGAUCUUCAGUAUACCUGAAAUCGUCUCUUAUUUAUCACAGGGGCACACAUUAUUGCCCGGAACAGUCAUUAUCACAGGAACACCUUGUGGGAUUGGAAUUUCACAGAAGCCCCCAAGGUUCCUCCAGCCGGGGGAUCAACUACGGGUGAGUAUAAGCCAUGGACUAGGCACCCAAAUAUGCCCCAUUUCGAGAGAGUGA